AUGCAGACCCGCUCACAAACCAAAGCCAACCAAACACCCCAGCCACCAAAAGAAGCCGCUUAUACUCAAUCCUCUAAUCCAGUCACACAAGCACCACCAGAGCAACGAGCCCCAACCGAGGCUAUCAGACACCACGGAGACUCAAUCGGAUCUAUAACCCGCACUGCACAGUCCAACCCAUCCAGCGACGAAACACGUGCCAAUCUAGACGCACAGCACAAGCAACACGAGCGUGAGAUGCAGAAUGCCGCCGACGUCGAUCUAGACUACGGCGUCGAGCAACAGCCGGCGGAGGGAUACAUCGCUGAUGCGGUGCAGCGGAAGGGGAUGGGGACGCAGCGGGCUCAGGCUGGUGCUCAUGCGGGGCCUGUUGGGAGUGCUGGUGGGCCUGGACAUCCGGGUUUCGGGGAGGCGGAGGAUACUGCGGCGAAUAUGGGGGAGAAAACAGCUGAACAUGAGAGGAUUCUUGGGGAGAGGGUUGGGAGGAGUCCGGCGAUGGAUGGGGAGGUUGAGGAGAGGGAGGGUGUUAGAAGGGAGAAGUUGGAGAGGGAUGAGCGGUUGGAUGUUAAAGGAGCGGUUGAGGAGGCGGCGGGGGAGCCGGUUGUGGGGAAGUAG